AUGGUGUCUCUCUUGCUCGCCGUGUUCCUGCUGAACGUAGUGAUUCACCUCAUCAACACGCUCGGAGCCGCGACUAUCAACGAGCUGCUCUGGGUUCUCUACAACAAGCUCCCUACACCGACGGCAAAAGAUGCACAAAACUCGGCACGACUUAAGAAGGAGGUGGUGCGUUUGAAGCGCGAGAUGAAUGCUGUUAGCGCACAAGACGAGUUUGCCAGAUGGGCCAAGCUGCGCAGAACGCACGACAAAGCUGUCGCCGACUACGAAAAGAGCUCAAGCUCGGUUCAAGACACCAAAGCCAAAUUCGACAAGACGGCCAAUGUCCUUCGCUGGCUGGGUACGAACGGUAUGCGCUACCUUCUGCAGUUCUGGUUCUCACGUCAAGCACUGUUCUGGCUACCACAAGGCUGGGUUCCUGGCUACGUCGAAUGGCUCCUCGCAUUUCCCAGAGCUCCCAAAGGCAGCAUCAGCAUUCAGCUUUGGGGCAUUGCAUGUGCGAGCGUCAUCUCCAUGUGCAGCGAAGCCAUUGUCGCCAUGUACGUGCUGGCUACCAAGCGACCCGAGGUGCAGACAAAAAAGCAAGAGCAGGAGCCACAAGCAUUCAAGAGCGGCGGAGCGGAGAACAAGGAAUUGUAA